CAAAUCUUAAGCAUUCCAUCAGCUUUAAAUUUCUCUGCUGUUUUUCAGCGUUGAUCCAAAGAACAAAAACCCUUCCAGAAGAAGAUGAGUUCCACCGAGAAUGCAAGCUUUCAAGCCGGCCAGGCUGAGGGCAAGACUGAGGAGAAGGCCAGCGGCAUGUUGGACAGGGCUAAAGAAACUGCCCAAAAUGCUAAGGAUUCCAUGCAACAGAGCGGGCAGCAGAUGAUGGAAAAAGCACAAGGAGCAGCGCAGGCUGCCAAAGACAAAGUCAGUGGAAAAUGAAACUAGCUGGUGGCUCUCUCCUCCAACCUUCUGGAAUUUCAUCUUUAGCUGUUUCUUUGUCUUCUUUCUUUUAAUUCUCAGCCCAAUGUGGUGCUGCUUAUCCGCUUAUGAAUUUAUUCUCAUUCCUUUCGGCUUUACUAGUCUUCAAUUCUAAUAAACGAUUUAUUUUUAA